AUGGGGAAGGUCUUCAACGCUGCAGAAGUUGCUAGUCAUAACACCAGCAAAAGUUGCUGGGUAGUCCUAUAUGGAAAAGUCUACGAUGUAACUGAUUUCGUCGCCAAGCAUCCAGGUGGCGCAAAUGUGAUUUUGAAGCUCGCAGGAAAGGAUGCAACCGAGGAAUAUGACCCUGUACAUCCUGAGGGUACGCUCGAGAGCAACCUCAAGCCCGAGGCUCUUCUCGGCAGCAUUGAUCCCGCCACAAUGCCUAAGCCUGAGACACAAUCAGGAGGCUCUGAGAAAACUCUAGAAGACGUGCCAGUGCACACGCUCCUCAAUAUGGAUGAAUUUGAAGAGCUUGCCACGAAAAAGAUCAGCAAGAAAGCGUGGGCAUACUACUACUCCGCGGCCGACGACAAAAUCACGAAGCGCUUGAACACUGAGGUCUUCCGCUCAAUUCUCUUACGACCUCGGGUCUUCAUUGAUUGUACAGAGUGCAAUCUCGACACAGCUUUACUAGGAAACCAAGUUUCUCUGCCUAUAUAUGUGUCUCCAGCCGCCCAGGCUCGCCUGGGUCAUCCAUCUGGUGAAGCAGGCAUUGCCGAGGCAUGCAGUAGUAUGGGUGCGCUACAAAUAAUCUCAAACAGUGCAUCCAUGACGCCAGAACAAAUUGUCGCCAACGCCACACCAGACCAGGUCUUUGGAUGGCAACUCUAUGUGAACGACGAUCGAAGCAAAAGCGAAGCGAUGAUUGCGCGAGUCAACAAACUUCACGCGAUCAAAUUCAUCGCCCUAACUCUUGACACACCAGUGAUGGGCAAAAGAGAGGAUGACCAGCGUUUCGGCAAUGUCAUCGACGAACUCACGGAACAGUCGUCACCUGAAUCCUUUAAGCAGCGCGAGAAGCAAGCCUUUGCAGGUAUGGAUCCGACUCUAACCUGGACGGAGACCCUCGCCUGGUUGGCGAAACAUACCACUCUCCCUGUUGUCCUUAAAGGUAUCCAGACGCAUGAGGAUGCCUAUAUUGCCUCCUUGCAUCGGCCACAGGUGAAGGGGGUUAUCCUUUCCAACCACGGCGGUAGAUCUCUUGAUACCUCACCCCCGGCGGUCCAUACCCUGCUUGAAAUAAGAAAAUACUGCCCUGAGGUUUUUGACAAGAUUGAGGUGUGGAUGGAUGGUGGUGUGAGAAGAGGAACGGAUGUUGUCAAGGCUCUUUGCUUAGGUGCCAAGGGCGUUGGUAUUGGGCGGCCACCACUCUGGGGCUUGGCUGCUGGGGGUGUCGAUGGCGUGAAGAGAACAUUACAGAUUUUGGCGGAUGAGACCAAGACUUGCAUGCGUUUGCUUGGGGUUCAAAGAGUAGAACAACUUGGAAUGCAGCAUAUCAAUUCCCGACUAGCUGAAGGGCAGAUCUACGAUGGGCCGUCCGGUCUUGAGGCAUGCCGUGCACGUCACGGGUCAAAACUCUGA